AAUCACCUAGUGCGCAAGCUAGCAGAAACCCCCCGAAUUCUCCAGAAAAGGCAGAACCAGAAAAAUAUAAACGUUAAUAACCGUACGCAAGAAAAGGAAAAAAGGCAAAAGGUAGAGGUAGAAGAAAGAGGAAGGAAAGGAAAGGGAAGGAAAUGUUCUUCUUCUUUGCAGGAGGAGUAGAGCAACAGGUCAGGCAGGUGUUGAAAUAUGGUGCGGGCAGGUGCAUAGCGUGCCGGUCGCCAGCCGAUCUGGUUGAGUACGAGAAGGUCCUGAAGAUAUUCUUCGUUCCGGUGUGGCGGUGGCCGGGGAAGGAGCCCGUGAUGUACUGCAACAACUGCAAACUCUUCUUACCUCGGUCCUACUCUCUGCCGCCGCCACAGACAGCCGAGUCGGCCGUCUCGGACGUCUCGCGAUGCCGGUUCUGUGACCGGGCGGUGGAGCCUGAUUUCAGCUUCUGCCCCUUUUGUGGUUCUGCUCUGUGACUCUGAGCAGCCUUUCUUUUUUUUGGUGUGGGAUUUUUGUAAUUUCGUGAAAUGGGGUUGUAAAAAUUAUGAUCUUUUGUUAAUGGUUGUAUUAAUCUCUUUACUGUAGGGUGAUUUCAAAGAGGAAGUAAUUGGUGGCGAACUUUUUUCUGUAAUUUCGUGAGAUGGGUUUGUUUUUCUCUGCUGCAACUAGAAUAAGAGGCAAGUUCAAUACCCAUUUGGAUACCAAA